GGUAGAGGGCGGGUCCCCGAUUCCCGGGGAGACAGGAACGAGGAAGCGAGGAAAGCAAUAACAAAAAAACACACUUAACAAAAACACAAUGACAUUAGUCAAUUUUAUUUGAUACUGAGGUCUUUGGACAGACGUCGUUACGGUGUUUAAUCAUGAAAAGAGUGACACUGUUUGUUAACGGAAGCUCUACCAAUGGAAAGGUAGUGGCGGUGUACGGCUCCAUGGAGGAUCUAAUGGCCGCAGCCAGUGCCAAGCUGGGAAUCAGGGCCUCUAGUGUGUAUAAUGUGAAAGGCGGACUUAUCGAUGACAUCACGUUAAUCAGAGAUGAUGAUGUGCUGUACGCAUCAGAAGACUCAUGCGAUGAUUCUCAGGAUGACCUCAGAGAUCCUGAAAAGGUUCAGGCUCACACUGAUUGGUUGACUCUGAACGUGGGUGGGCGCUGCUUCACAACCACCAGGAGCACACUCGUCAGCAAAGAGCCUGAGAGCAUGUUGGCGCACAUGUUCAGAGAGAAAGAUGUGUGGGGAAACAAGCGUGACCCACAGGGGGCGUACCUCAUAGAUCGCAGUCCAGAAUACUUUGAGCCCAUCCUGAAUUAUCUCAGACAUGGACAGCUCAUCAUAAACGAUGGAAUCAACCCACUAGGUGUCCUGGAAGAGGCGCGUUUCUUUGGAAUAGAACAGCUGGCAGAGCAACUGGAGACACUUAUUAAGUCUUCACAGCCGCCUGAUGACCACUCACCUUUGACCCGUAAAGAGUUCAUCAGGUUUCUUUUAGCAACGACGACCAAGUCUGAGCUGAGAUGUCAGGGUUUGAAUUUUAAUGGAGCAGAUCUGUCUCGACUGGAUCUACGCUACAUCAACUUUAAAAUGGCUAGUCUGAGAGGAGCUAACCUCAUGCACGCCAACCUGAGUGGAGCUAAUCUGGAGAGAGCUGAUCUGUCAUUGGCCUGUCUCGAUGGAGCAAAUCUGCAGGGAGUAAAGAUGCUGUGCACCAAUGCCGAAGGAGCUUCACUGAGGAGCUGUAACUUUGAAGAUCCUGCAGGAAUCAAAGCAAAUCUGGAAGGAGCUAACCUGAAGGGUGUUGAUAUGGAGGGAAGUCAGAUGACAGGGAUCAACCUGAGGGUCGCUACACUGAAAAAUGCCAAACUGAAAAACUGUAACCUGAGAGGAGCCACACUGGCAGGAACAGACUUGGAGAACUGUGAUCUGUCAGGCUGUGAUCUACAGGAAGCAAACCUCCGAGGCUCCAACGUGAAAGGAGCCAUUUUUGAGGAGAUGCUGACGCCGCUGCACAUGUCACAGAGCGUGCGCUGACUGAACAAGUAAUAUAAAAGUCUUAAGUAAAGUUUAAAAAAGACUUUUGUCUUUGUCAGUAUUUGAAUUUGUUUAUAUAAUAAACCAUAUUUAUAAUAAAAUUGGUAGUAAGCUGUUAUGGAGACUCCAGAAAAGUAAUUAUACAUUUACUGCUCAGAGUCUGAGGUGUGUGCAUGUGUGUUUGUCACUCAUAAACACCAAAAAGAAAAAAAAAAAUCAAAAAAGGGACUUUUCUUCUUGUUAUGUUCUGACCUGUGUCAGUCAGUGAACCAUUCAACUCUUCUGUUUGUAGAUUUACACUGAACAACUCUUUUACACUGAACCAAAAAAAAAGUCAAACAUUUUGAACUUCUCCAGUGCUGAUGAAACAUUAUUAUUUUUUACCUGUGUUUUUACCUGUCUCAGUUGUGAACAGUGAUUCUACUGCUGACUGUGGCUUGUCUCUGAAUGUGUGGCUGUCUUUACAAUCAGAGUGUCAAGCAGAUCCAUUUCUCUGUUGAAUGUUAAAACUUGUUUUUCUGUAAAUGAGACCAAAAAACAUUCUGUUUACAAACUGCUCAUAUGGAUGAUGAUGAUGAUGAUGAUGAUGCACUGUAUUAAGAGUCCAAUCCUGCUGACUGUCAUCCACAGGACAUUUGUAUUUGAGUCAAAGUUACUACUCUGCUGCUGCUCCACCUUUGAAAUGAACUGUUGUAAAACUCAAAUGCUUUCUGCUGCGCUUUUAUCAGGUGCCAAUAAUAAAUGUUUUUAAAUAAA